AUGAAUACUAUCCUAUGUUUUGCUCUUUUGGUGUGUGUAUGCUUGGCAUAUGCACUGGCGCUACCGUACCCGAGUGAAAUAAUGGCUCAAGCAGAAGGCCUACAAGCGGAAGAAUCCAGACAUAGAGGUUGGGGCGGAAACAGUUGGGGUCGCGGUGGAGGUGGAUAUGGACACGGCGGCGGCUGGGGACAAGGAGGAGGCUAUGGCCGCGGCGGUGGUUGGGGACACGGCGGUGGUUGGGGGCGUGGAUAG